AUGGCGACUUUUGGGCAAAUCAUCUUCUUCAGCAUGGUGGUCAUCAUCGUCUUGCUCGCAGCCACCAUCAUCCUCAUCCUGACUCUGGCCUUCACAGUUGGUAACCCAAGGUCUACUGUGAUGAGCAGCAACACGAAGCCGAUAGUGAACCUCGGCGAGGACGAACUCCUCAGCUGCUAUCUCAACGUGGACACCUUUGAGGACAGAUUCAGAGACAUAUCAGUGACCUGGGAGAAGACGGGCCUGACGGGGCUGGUCUACCUGUUCGAGAACGCCGCUCCGGUCCUCCAGGAUCAGGCCUCGCAGUUCAGAGGCAGGACUCAGCUGUUCCCCGAAGACGUGACCAGAGGUAACGGAUCUCUGCUGCUGAGGAGUGUGAGGAGGAGCGACGAAGGGGCGUACACCUGCAGCAUCAGGUCUGCAGAAGGCGACGGGCGGGUCAGCAUUCACCUGAGGACAGCAGCUUUUUCAGCCCCCAAGUUUAGCUUCUCUAAUAACACUCUGGUGGCCAAGGCCAGCCGCUGGUUCCCCAAGCCCAACGUCACCUGGCUGAACCAGUCUGGAAUCGUCUUAAAUGGGACGACGACUUUCACAGAAAGCAACAGCGGACUGUUCAGCCUGGUCAGCAGGCUGCAGGACGUUCACUUCCAGGACACCUACAGCUGCAGGAUCGAAAAUGAGCUGGUGGUCGUUACUUCUGAGGAAACUAUAGACGGUAGUGGUGUUUCAGGGAAGACGUACAUCACCUUCAACGCUGCUUCAUCCCUGCUGGCAUCAGUUUACCUCCACGUUACAACCCUUAUCCUCUGUAUCUAUUAUGUGACCUGA